AAUCGAUUAGUUACCCAGCCGUAAAAAAAAAUUCAUCUACAGCAAGGUAAAUACCUUUGGGAAAGAAAUUCGCACCAGUACAACAUGAAGGCGUUCGAUAUUGCUUUUGUCUUGGCAUUCGCCGCUGGUGCCUUGGCCAUGCCGACGCAGGGAGAAAAUCUCGCUACGACUGGCAAGCCUCAAGGAGAGAUUGAAAAAUCUAACGGGAAUCCGGUGGAGGACUACGUUAUCCCAAUCGACAAGCGCGACGAUACGCCGGUUGAGGAUUACGUUAUUCCUAUUGACAAACGCGAUGAGGUACCGGUGGAGGACUACGUUAUUCCUAUUGACAAGCGUGAUGAGGCGCCGGUUGAGGAUUAUGUUAUUCCUAUUGAUAAGUAACCAUGUUCCUUGGAAACGACUUGAGGAACGAGAAGCAGGAGGUCAUGUGGUAGUCAAAGUUAAACGCGGC